AGACGGGAGCAGCCAACACACCCCGUCUCCCCCCGUUACGGCCCUCCCCGCCGCCUCUGCUCCCGGCGACCGCAUCCACAGCAUCCCCGAAGACCACCGCAGCUCGCUCCCCCGGGGCCCCCGCCCGCUCCCCUGCCCCCCCACAUCCCCGUCAUCAGCCUGAGCCACAGCAAGCCCCGCCUCCCGCUGGCCCACACCCCGCUGACCGCCCUCCACCCCAUCCCCCCCCGCCGCCUGGCAGGCCCCCCCGGAGGCAUCCGACUCACCCAGCUCACCUCCCUGGCGACGGGGGGCCUGGGUGGGUGCCCAGGGGGGCCCCAUGGCCCCUCCCCGGGGAACCUGUUCCCCCUGCAGUACUCUGAGCUCUGCCCUUUCUUCACCCGUUCCUACCUAGGGCCUGGGGGUGCUUACGGUAUAUACCCCAGUAGCAGGAUGACAAGACGGCCCUCCUCCCACUUUGAGAUGGAACUCAAUGACUGCCCUCCUCAGAAGCUGGCCCGCCGUGUGUUCACCAACAGUCGGGAGCGCUGGCGCCAGCAGAACGUGAACGGCGCCUUCUCGGAGCUCCGGAAGCUCAUCCCGACGCACCCCACCGACAAGAAGCUCAGCAAGAACGAGAUCCUGCGGCUGGCCAUGAAGUACAUCAACUUCCUGGUCGGCCUCCUCGAGGACCAGGCCCUUGACAAGACCGGCCAUUCGCCUGAGGACCAGGCCCAAAAGGAGGAGGCUGAGGAGGGGGAGGAGGAGGAGGGGGAGGACGGGGCUGUGGAGGAUCGGGACUCCAGUGAACGGUUUGAGAGUAGCGUUCCAUUGCCCCCCAGCCGUCUUCCGGCGGUAGAUCCGGCCCGGCCCGCCUCCUGCGCGGCCCCCCGACACAGAGACUCCAGCCAUUCGCUGUUCAUGCUGGGCCACUCGCCGACAACCUCCAUUUGCUAUGGCGACACGGACAGUGAGGAAAGCUUUGGCACAAAGGCCUCGUUGGUGACCCGUGGCAUUCUGGGAAAGGUCAAGGGUCAGAUACGGACAAAGGCUGCAAAUGAUGUGCACUGACAUCAAUUGACAGCAUGGGACACUGGACAGUGUUAGAGGUCAAAGGAGAAACAGGUAAUAAUAAUGGACACACACAAUGUUUUAUUAUUGACCAAAUACAUUUUGCCUGAGAAAUGUGAUUGAUGGGUGAUGAAAUGUUGUUUGUUCUGAAUUUAUUGAAAUAUGUAUGCUUACAUUUGAGGUGUGGCAUUCGAAAAUGUUACAUGAGACUUUACACAUGAUAAAAACAUGUACAAUCACACAAGGGCCCGCAACCCUCUCAUAUGGACCAGCUGGUAGUUUCUUCUCAUAAUUUCUAUGUUAAUAACAAUCACACAAGAACAAGCAAUGCUGUAAGAAUGUGAGAUCAAACACAAGCAUGCCCUUCUUUCGCAUUCUCUCUCUCUCUCUCUCUCUCUCUCUCUCUCUCUCUCUCUCUCUCUCUCUCUCUCUCUCUCUCUCUCUCCUCUCUCUCUCUCUCUCUCUCUCUCUCUCUCUCUCUCCUCUCUCUCUCUCUCUCUCUCUCUCUCUCUCUCUCUCUCUCUCUCUCUCUCUCUCUCUCUCUCUCUCCAUCUUUGUCUCUGUGUGUCUGUCUCUGUGUCUGUCUCUCUCUGUCUCUGUGUGUGUGUCUAUCCCUACGUGUGUGUGUGUGUGUGUGUGUGUGCGUGUGUGUGUGUGUGUCUCUCUCUCUCUCUCUCUCUCUCUCUCUCUCUCUCUCUCUCUCUCUCUCUCUCUCUCUAACAGACAACGUUUUGUGUGAUUGCAUCACCCAGCAUCUGUGGUCAGAGCAUUGUCAAAGCCCCUCCUCUCACAACCGCAAGGCAAACUCUGAAGUAUCUUUUGGAUUUCACACUGGAAUGUUUCUUAUCAAACGGAGGCUGGCUUCACCAACAUUGUCCAGCUCACUUAUGCUCACCAAACAGGAGAAUUUGUUUGAUUGAUUUCAGUAAAUGUUCUCCUGAAGUGUAUCAUUUCUCUGGAGAGACGUGCUUCGGAAAUUCAGAUGAGAUGACUCAAAGGAAAAGGCAGAGAUUAUGUUUUGGUUACACAACACAUAAUAAAUGCAAAAGCAAUACAAAAAGAAAAUGUUUUUUAUCAUCUUAAAGGUACUUUUCCAGGCAAUGAAAUGAAACAUUGGACCACAGAUGUACUUAAAGACCGCGGUUUUGGA